UAAGAUGUGCUGCCUAUAGUGAGGGGAUAUUUAAAUUUAUCAAUUUAUCAAAUUCUCAAAUUCUCAAAUUCUUUACAUAAAUUUUCCCAAGUAUCUCAAUUCAUUUCCUCUUCACAGAUUUAUACAUAUCUUUCACAUCAGCUCUUAAUUAUGAGCAAUAUUACUCUGUUUACUUUCUUAGCAUUACUAGCUUCGUUUGUUUUCUCAGCACCAAUCGAGGACUUCACACCGGAACAGGAUGGUAGUUUGAACUCUCGACAGGGAGGUGGUGGUGUUAAGCUUAAUAGUAAUAGUACUAUUUCUCAUAUUGCGAGGAAUGAUUAUCCAUCUGCUGGGGAUGUUGUUAUUACUUUUUAUGCGAGGGGUGGUGAUUUUUGUAAGUCUUGUAUAUACCAUUUAUCAUGAUUUUGUUUACAUCUCUUCUUCCCUUCAUCUCACAACUUCAACUCCCAUUCACCCUUCAUCCUUCCUCUUUCCUCUCCCUCCUCUCACCACACCAAAUCCCCCUCUCCACCCAAACCCAACCACUAACCAUCCCCUUCCCGUCUCUUAGUCCAACAAACCUUCCCCAUAGACGGAAACCCCUACGUAAUCGACAAUCCACUCAAGAUCUCCCAUUUAGUAGCGGAAGGAAAGGGGUUUUGUGCGAUAACGGGGGAGAAAGGAAGUUUUACGCGGACGAGGGAUGAGCUUGGUCCCGUGGUGGUUAGUCCGGAGAGUGUGGUGGUCUGGGGGCAGUGUAGUACGGGGUUGCCGGAGGAGGGGUGGGGUUUGGGGGUUGUGCCGAGGGUUUAGGGGUGGGGGUAGGGAUGGGCGGAAUUGGGGAAGAGUAGGGAGGGGUUUGGGGAAGAAGGAUGGGAAUGAGGAGUGGAGGG